CGCGCUGGUGCCGGGCGAGCCGGCCUGAGCUGCGGCGGCGGCGGCGGCGGCGGCGGCGGCGGCGGCGGCGCGAGGCGGCAUGAGGGAGCCGCUCGUGCUGGGUCCUGCCACCGCCAUGGUUCCAGCGGUCGAGCUUUGCUGAAGCCGGGCAUCAUGUACAGUGUAGAAGACCUCCUGAUCUCUCAUGGAUACAAACCGUCGAGAGACCUCCCGGCACCGCGCGAGGAUAACCCCAAGGGGCGCCAGGCAGCGAGGACUGGGACACGAGCGGGCCACGGCCUGCAGAACGGGCAUGAGGAUGGCUCCGCGGCCCUCGCACAUCGUAGGACGCCCGCGGGGAAAGGACACGUGAGUGACUCCGAAAGCCGCCGCAGCACACCGAGAGGACACGGGGAGCCCCACAGCGUCUCUGCUCCCAGAACCUCCGACGCGGGGUUCUAUAAUCAUCCCGCCUCAGCAUGGUCCGCUCAUCCCCCGACUGGUAACGAUCAAGGCCAGAGGAGGAGAGGUCGGCAGGCAGCCAGGAGCCAGAAGCCGAGGGGUCGUGAGGACCUGGAGGCCAGAGGCCCGGCCCAAGCCCACAGCCUGCCUGUCCGUGUGAGGGAGGGUCCAUGGGAAGCCGGAGGAAGGUCAGAGCAUGUGAUGAAGAAGGCAGUGUGGGAAGAAGAGGUGAGAAUGUCGGCCCCUGCCAAGUGGCAGAACGUCAGCCUGGAAAGCUGGAGCCAGCCACGGAAACUAGGGAGGCAGAUGUCUGAUGGGGAUAGGGAGAGACUGUUUCAAGACCUGCACCCAUUCAUUCAAGGAGAACACGUGUUGAAUUCUCAGAACAAAGGGAAAUCCCGCUCACUGCCUAAAGUUCUUUCCCCUGAGAGCCUGGGUUGCACGGAAAUUCCCAUUCCAUUACAUGACAGGCAUUCACCUAAAUUGCCACCGUAUCCUCCCACUUGCGCACCAAAUCUGGACUCCGCGAGGAAUUCGGAGAAGGGUGGCUGCUCGGCCCCAUUUCCCCGGCCUAAGUUUGGGAGGCCUCUGAAGCCCCCAUCUUAUGGCUCACACCAGCAAUCGAGGGGAGGAGCAGACAGCAGUGACUCUCAGGACAGCCAGCAGACGGAUGCCUAUGUCCCCAGGCACGAGCUCUGCCUGUCGGACCCGGGCUUGGAACCUCCAGUGUACGUGCCUCCGCCCUCUUACAGGUCACCCCCACAGAACAUCCCAAACCCCUACUUAGAAGACACGGCGCCCGUAGAUGUGUGUGGCGGUCACAGCCAACAGCAGUCUCCGACUGAGAAGGCCGGGGCCAGCGGUCAGCCUCCUUCGGGCCCCCCUGGAACUGGGAAUGAGUAUGGUGCCAGCCCCUGCUCGCCUCAGGGGCUCCCUGCACACUCCCGACCUGUCACUGCCUACGACGGCUUCGUUCAGUACAUUCCCUUUGAUGAUCCACGGUUACGACAUUUUAAACUAGCUCAGCCCCAGGGUUUCUGUGAAGAUAUAAAACUUGACAAUAAAUCAUAUAACUCCAGUCCUGUCACUGCCCACGAGCCGGCUCAUGGAGGAAUGCAGGCUGAUGGUGCUACCUGGAAUCCACAGAGCCUGAUACCCCCGUCAGGGGAUGAGAGGGGCCCGGUCUUGGCCAAUCUCAGCCCCCGGUGGCUGUGGGGCCAGCUCCCUGAGGAUGGGGAAAACAGUGGCCUCCCCAACCAGAGAGACCGCUGUGUGGCAAGGGGACAGUGGCCUGACGUGAGAGGCGGCCAGCACGGGCACACCGAGAGGCAAGCUUCCUCCCCAUACACCCAGGGCGAGAGCACCUGUGAAACUCAAACCAAGCUCAAAAAGUUCGAAGCUGGGAGUCGCACCAAGAAAAGUUCAAAGAAAAAAAUGAACGAGACUAUAUUUUGUUUGGUUUCUAUCCCAGUGAAAUCAGAGUCACAUCUGCCAGAUAGAGAUAUGGACAACAAUGACUUAAAGCCCAGCGCUGAUCAAAAGAAUGGGUCUGAUAAGAGCCCAGCUCUGCAAGAACAGAGUCUGCUGAGCAUGUCUUCCACCGACCUGGAGCUGCAGGCCCUCACAGGAAGCAUGGGGGGUCGAACAGAGUUCCAAAAACAAGAGCUGGGGGAACCAGAAGAAGACAGACAAACAAAUGACCUCAGAUUCAUCCACCUUACAAAGCACAGAGAACUCAAGCAUUCUGGCUCUUGGCCAGGGCACCGGUACAGGGAUCAGCAAACACAAACCAGCUUCUCCGAGGAACCCCAAAGCUCGCAGCUGCUCCCUGGUGCAAAGCCGGGAGGGUCGAGUCAUGCAUCCCCGAGUCCCAAAGGUUCAGACCCUGCUGCCUCCGAAGCUCAGACGCACACGGCAUUCCCUUACGGUGACCACAAACAGAGGCCAAGUGCCCGUCACCUGAAAGGUCACAGGUCCCUCAGCCCGUCCAGCAACAGUGCUUUCUCAAGGACUUCCUUGUCCGUAGAUCAGGCACUGGUGCCAAAAGCAGGCCGAAGUCAGCCCUGCGUGGAUGUCCACAGGCUCGGAGGCCACCCUGAGCCUAAGCGGGAGGUGGUGAAGGGGGAGCCCACAGGCCCGUGCAACAGUAAACAACUCUUCGGGCAGUUUCUCCUGAAACCGGUCAGCCGUCGUCCCUGGGAUUUGAUCAGUCAGUUAGAAAGUUUUAACAAGGAGCUCCAGGAAGACGAAGAAAGCAGCAGCAGCAGCAGCAGCAGCAGCAGCAGCAGCAGCAGCAGCGAGGAAAGCGAGGCGGAGCCGCAGCAGGGGAACGUGGGCUUCCGCGGAAACAGCCCGGAAAUGAGGGGGGAGCCACAGCCGAGGAUGUGGGUGCCAGAGAGCCCCGUGUGCAGGUCGGGAAGAGGUGAGAGUAAGUCUGAGAGCUGGAGUGACGAGUGGGGGCCUGGCCACCCGCGUGCCUGGCCUCCAUCCCCGGGCCGCUGUCGCGCGGAAGACGGUGGCGGUGCACCUUUCUGGUCAGCAGAUGGAAGCGUGAGUGUACAGAAGAGACACCCGGAGGUUAGCAACGGCAUGGACGGGCUAGCAGGCAGUCCAGUUCCUGUGACGAGCAUGUCUUCAAGAUCAAGGGACGCAAAACCAGUGCCCCUGUCCUAUCCAGAGGAACCUAGGGAGCCCCAGGGAGGUCAGAAAUUCACCAGUGCUUUCAGCUCUGUGAAACCGAGCGAAGCGGUCCCUCGGCAGGUUGACAGCGGUGGAGAGAGGGGCGCAGGGCUCCCGCUGUCCCUGUCUAACAAGAACCGAGGGCUCUCAGCUCCAGACUUACGGUCCGUGGGGCUCACCCCUGGGCAAGAGCAGGGUGCCAGCGAGCUAGAGGGGUCUUUGGGUGAAGCGAGUGUGGUAGAAAUCCCCCCAGGUGAGUCCUUGCAAGCCAGAGCUGCAAGGAUCCUGGGCAUUGAGGUGGCAGUGGAGUCCCUCCUGCCGGGCACCCAGAGAGCAGGACAGAACCAUCCUGCUGAGCCUGACGCAAGUGCCUGCACCCCAGAGUCCCCCCAGGAAGAGUCACCAUCUAGCCCAGCACCGGCAGCUGUCCCCAGGGUGUCCACCGAUUCCUUUUAUGGCAGGCGGAAGUGCGGCUGGACCAAGAGCCCUCUCUUUGUAGGAGACAGGGACAGUGCCAAGCGGGCUCCUCAGGCGUUUGAGGACUCAGAUGUGGACGGGGUGGUCACCAGCACAGCCCCGGUCCCUGAGCCUGAGCCCAGCCCUUCGGAGUCCAAGUUCUUCGAACAAAAGGAUGUGGAGGCAAAACCACCCUUCAGGUCCACUUUGUUCCAUUUGGUAGAAGGACCCCCAAGUGUGGCAGGCUCAGAAAAGAGACUCAGAAGCCCUUCCAAAGUGAUCGAAAGUUUACAAGAGAAGUUAGCCUCCCCGCCUAGGAGAGCGGACGCUGACCGCCUGAUGAGAAUGAAAGAGGUGAGUUCCGUGUCGCGGAUGAGAUUCCUGAGCUCCAGGAAUGCCGACUGCCUGGAGGAGGCUGAGGAACUGAAGGCCACCACGAAGGGCCAGGCCGGGCUCCCGGGAGGCCUCGUGUCUCCUGGCGGCGGGGACCGCGCCUGGAGAGGGGGCCACUCACUCACUGUCUCCAAGGACUGCAUCUCCAAGGAAGAGAAGGAGCAUCCAGCAGCGCAAAAGGAGAAGAGCCUGGAUCAAGACUUCUGGUGCCCAGAUUCCUAUGACCCUAGCAGAGUGGAGAGGGUGUGAGGAAAUGCUGGUGGAGCUUGCCUUCCAUUGCUAAUUGAGUAUUCUCAAGUAGCUGGUAGAUUUCGUCUAUCAGCCCCACUUCCCCAUGUAGAAGCUGGAAGCUGCCAGGUUUUAGCAUCCUGGUAACAUUCUUUACUACUGCCACUAGGAACCUUGCCACCCUCUCAGAAUUGCUUUGUGGCGAUAGAGCAAUCGUCCGUUGAAACCAUCUGUUUUUAUAGCACGAAGAUUUAAUGCCUGUGAUUAGGAAGGAGUUUUCACAGAAACUCUCCCUCAUGGGAGAUUUGACCAAGCUGGUAAAUAGUUUGGUGUUGCUCUUGUUCUGGGUGAAGAUUUGAAUGUGGAAGGUCUAGCAAAUGCUUUGGAAAGGCCCGUGAAUGGUGUGCGCCCCCUCUGUGUCUCCAUGGCCUGCGAUCCGUGCUCCUGUGAAGGAGUUGGGGACACAGGCCAUUGCCUGGCGUUUCAGCAUUUUCAGUUCAGGGGAAAUGUGAAUCAAUAGGUAUGAUCCAUUUCUAAUCAAUUUGGCCUUCUGCUGCUGGAAGUAACUUUACUUAUAAGUAACUUGCCAUCAGAGAAUAAAAGCAAUAUCUUUUAA